CGCGUCAGUCGGUUUCGGUUGUUGUUGUUGCGCAGCGUCGUCCGUGAGUUUGCAAUCCUAUAUAGCGCCUAAACGUCUCACUUCUACGACGCGCCCAGUAUCGCCCGGUUCGCUUAUCUAAUUUCGGUGCGCUUUGAGCUCUCGACCUGCCCGUUUGCUUAGCCGAUUAGCAAGAUUUGUUUUCGCCAUCCGAAAUGAAAGGUUAGUGCCUCUGCUGUGUGUGCAAGUGUGUGGUGCGCGUUUCUGUCUGCAGAGGGACUCGAAAGAUUAUACCUCUUUGGGCCCAAUCUGGCGCACUUUACCGCGCGAAGGAAACGCUCAUCAUUUCUCAUCUCUUCUGCGGUACCGUCUCGCGGCUGACCGCAUUCGCGAUCGUUUGUUCACUCGUACGCUUGCUCGCUCGCCGUCGUCGUCGUCUUUAUCGUCGGUGUGGCUUGCGUAAUAAUUAAGUAAGCAGUGAUUUCUGUGGCUGCGGCUGCGGCGACGCCGAUCGUGGCACGGUUUUUCGCGACUUCGCUCCCAAACACACUUUCGGAGUGCGCUUUCGCGAUCGGUUUGCUGCUGAUGUGGGGUUUGAUCGAGUGUGACAACAAAGCGUGCCUGUUUGUGUGAAUGCCAUUAUACUGCUGUGUUGCCACUGGAGGUGGGUUAAAACUUUCGAUUAUCGAGCCUGACUGACGGAAUACGGUGCAAACGGCGUGUGCUUGGGAUAAUAGCCAACAAGAAAACACGGUUCCAGCAUCCCUGCAUCGAAUUGACAAACAGGAUCAGUGAGUGCAAUCAAUUUGGUCGAAAAAAAAAAACAGUGAACGGUGGUGAAUCGAGCUUGUGGUGAAGAAUCGGACGGAGCUCGAAGGAAGAUGAAGUCUUGCAGGUGGAGUACGACGAUGCUGCUGUUGGCGCUGUGCAUCGGAGCUGCCCUGGCAGCGCCCAGCGUUCGGGUGAAGCGGCAGGAGGACAAGGAUGCUGAGGCCAGCGCCACCGGAACGAAUCCGGUCGGUGCCGAGGACGCCUCGAUCAGUGACGACCUUGACCGUGACAAGCGAAAAGCACCGUCCGAUCCCAAGUUCGAAGCCAAAAACGCCAUCCUCGGAUUCGUGUUUGGAAAAAUCAACUCGAUCAUCGAUGCCAAGACCCGGCUGAUAGAUAAACUGGAUCACGCCAACAUCGAAAAGAACAAGCAGUACCACAUCGAGUCACCGAAACCGAUCGGCGAUCUGUCCCAGCUGAUCUCGUCCGUCAUCACGCCGAAGGUCCAGUUCAUCACUCAAAAGUUCGGUUCGCUGAGCAGCGGUCUGCUAGGUGGUUUCUCUGGUGGCAGCAAUGGUGAUGGCCACAGUGAUGAACACGGAAACGGAAAUGCUCCUCCGGCGCUGGGUGGCGUUGUGUCUUCGCUCCUCAAACUGUCCGGACCGAUCCUGUCCGGUUCGUCCGGCGGCAACGGUGGAUCCAACUCGGUUUCACUGAACGAUCACGAUGACGAUGAUGAUGAGUAGAUGUGACGGCAAGCGGGAGGGUCUCACUUUUUUUUUUGUUGAUUUUAUUCCAUCAUUUGCUGGCUUCCAUUUAUUUAGAAAACGUGGGGAAAAAGGGGGAAAAUUAGCAGAACAUAAACCGAAACCAUUCAUGCUUAACACCCACGUGGGCCAAUAGAAGCCAUUGGGAGUGUCAUUCGUCAUUACGAUCAUCAUCAUUUGUAGAGAGAGAGAGAGAGAGAGAGAGAGAGAGGAAGGACAGAUAAAUUAUAUAGUUUAGGGCUCAGUCAUACAGCUUAGGGAUUUCGAGAAGAGAGACGAAAAGAAAACAAAUAGUUGAAGCUAAACUGCACAACACGAAUUGGUAGGCAAUUUCGAACCUCUAACACGAACAUCGAACCAGUUGUAAAUAUCUAGAUGAAAACUUGAAAAGGCAAUAAAAAAAAUUUGUAACAAAUGGAA